CUGAGACGUAGACGGCUGAAGAGAACAAACCGGCUGCAGACCACCAGGUGAAAACUGCAGACCACUCAGGCGUUCUGAGGUUCCACAGAAAUGCCGAGGUUCUUCUGGGCCGCCGUCUUCUCUUGCCUGUUGGCCACAGAAGUCUGGGCUCCCAAAGCUGCAAGACUCGGUUGCCACCUGCACUCUUUCAACGUCACCAUCCGGAGUGACCGACAAGGCGCCUGCAGGGCCACCCGUGCCGUCCAAGCUUGCGUGGGGUAUUGCGAGUCCAGCGCUUUUCCCUCCAAGUAUUCGGUGCUUCUGGCCAGCAGCUUCAAACACAACAUCACCUCCGUCUCCCAAUGCUGCACCAUCAGCCAAAUGCAGACGGUGAAACUCCGGCUGCGUUGCAGUCUCGGCUUGCAGAAAACGGUGGACAUUUUCACCGCCAAGACCUGCCAGUGUGACGUGUGCCGCCUCUCCAGAUAUUGAAGCGCCUCGGAUGAUUUCUGCAGCCACCAACAAGGUCUGUGUUUCUCAACCUCAGAAACUUUAAGAGGGGUGGACUUCAACUCCCAGAAUUCCUCAGCCAGAAUGCUUUAAGAUGUGUAGACUUCAACUCCCAGAAGCUUUGCUGGCUGGGGGAUUCUGGGAGUUGAAGUCCACACAUCUUAAAAGUUUCUAAAGUUGAGAAACUCUGGAGGAAAUGGACAUUCUGUGGGGCUGUGCUUGCCAAGUGACCCGUUUGUGUUUUUCUAAAAAAGAUGCUUUUAAUUCUGUAAGAAAUUACAAGGGGAUUUCUGUGUAUGAGGGAAGCCAGGUUGUGCGUGGGAUCCCUUGAGUGCUUGGGGUAACUCGAUGGCUGAAUACAUUCUGUU